AUGCCCUCCUUCAAACAUCUCAGCAUUAGAAGGCGCUCCAAAGCAUCCAUCCACCCCAGCGAUAACGCCAGCUCCAACAACAGCAGCGAGAAUGGCAGCCUCGAGCAGCAGCAGAGCAAGUCGUCCUCCACCCUGAACUCAUUUCUGGACAAACAGUCCCCGCCAACCACACUGUCGAGCUCACGCUCCAACACCAAUCUAUCCAACAUGAACGGCACCAGCAGUAAGACGCCGCCGCCGAUUCCUGGUCGAGACACACGCCCGCGCAUGCCGAGUAACCAGAGCAACAGAUACAGCAUCAAUGUACGCCGCAACAGAAAAAGCAUUUGAUCUUUACGGAUAAUAACCCACAUUUCACAGGGCAUGUCACUGCAGAAUGGCGAUCGGCCUGCCCCCGCUACGUCGCCGCUUGCGCCUCGUGUGCUAUCUGUCUCGGACGGCUCUUGGGUAUGUGCUACAAGUAGAUGAGCAAGCGAACAUCCGUAUUGACAUGUCUCGUAGGUCCACCAGAAGGUGCUACUCAUCUCUGGCCAAUGUGCGGAGCCAACCCGACCAAUCGACGGCCACCUCACUGUCUGCCACCACCAAGACACCUUCCCUCCCACCUCGUGGCCCGUAUGUGAUUCGCACUUCAAAGCGCUCGUUUACCUCCAGCCAGGUCCCAACCGUCUCCGUCUCGACUUCACCUCACCUAAACUACCCAUACCCGAUUCGGCACAUUCGUCCUGGAUCAACAUCAACUACCUACCUCUCAACUCCUCUCCGCCUCUUCAAUUGUGCAUAUUGGUCGCAAAAGACUCCCCAGAAACAUACGACGCUGUUCCAGAAAGAGUGAGCAAAGAGGGCAAUGGCUUGGCAACAGCGAUCAAGAAGUUUAGAAUGGCUGCAUAUCUUUGGCAGGCUUUCACGGCAGAACAAAUGAACAGAAAUACAUUCGGCAGGAGAUGUUACAGAUAUGAGGAAGAGUGGCAGCCGGGCACGCUGACCUGGAGAGAUCAGCAGGCGGGCGUAAUGCGCAACGAAGCCAAGAUCCACAUUGUCCGGAUGGACAAGACUGUGCAAGAGAUACGGGACAUUGAGCUGGCCCAACAGUACGAGCCGGCGAAGAAUAAGGAUGGCUUGUUCGAGAUUGCGACCAAUGCAGUGCGGGCCUAUUUCGCGCCUCGACCCAACCAAACGCAAUAUGUGUCUUGCAUGUUCCUUGACGCUCAUUGGGACAAGCAAGUUGGUACCGUCCGAGGUCAUGCGGCACUCGGAGGAGGAUCAGAGGACAUCAAGCUCGCCAUUUUCGGAAGCCACUGCCUGCAGUCGUAUCCUGCUCACAUAGAGGAGGUCGUGCCUGCUUUCAGCGACUGUACGAGGACCGACACGAAUCACGUGGCUAAUGAUUGCAAUGAAGCAGGCAGUAACUGGGAGGCUGCGAACAUCGGUAUUGGCGCACAUCUCCACGAGACUGGUCAUUUGCUGGGCUGCCCGCAUCAGGAGUCUGGCAUCAUGCUGCGAGAUUAUACGCGGCUCAACAGAACGUUUACUUGCAGGGAGCCAUAUUCCACUCGAACCAAAGCGGCGGGUCAGCGUUUGUGUCUACCGAAGGACGAGUGCGCAUGGCACAGACUGGACGCACUGCGAUUCCGCUUCCAUCCAACUUUCCAGUUACCGACUGACCCAACACCUAACGCUGACAAGAGCGUGCAGGUUUGGACGGUGGAGAAUGGCAACGUGCUUGUCAAUGCUACAACUGGGAUUGCUUGGAUUGAACUCUACGUGGAAGGCGACGAUGUGUGCCAUCACUGGAUUGAAUAUUUGGAUCAGAAUUCGUCAAUUGCCGGUGCGCCACGACAAGUCACUCUCAGCGAGCAGGUCAUAAAAGAGCAGCUUCCACCCGAGAAGCGAAAAAAGAAGAAGGUCAGCCUGAAGAUCUUCAGCUGCGGUGGCGGCGAACAUGAAGUGAACGACUUUGCGCAAUUAUGCUCUUUGGACAGCAAGAUCAAGCUGCCUGAUGGUCGGCCUGGAUUCAAGAGCUCCAAGCUGGGCUUCAGCCAGAUGGAAGGCUCCCAGCCGCAAGACGUGGUUCUUGGCAUGUGCCAUAAGAAGUCGAAGCUGCUCCUCAGCAUGCGGAUAUACCAUGGAGAUUGUAUGGAUGGAAUGGAAUUUGUAUAUGAAGACGGCUCGACAGAGCUGUUUGGAAAGCGCGGAGGAAAGGGGGGUGGGAGCGAGUUCGCUUUGGAUUUCCGAAAGGGCGAGCUUCUCCUCGGAUUCUACGUUCGUGCCGGCUUUUGGAUUGACGGCAUCCAAAUCCUGACCACCACUGGACGACGCAGUGAGAUUUUUGGAAAGGCGGAUGGUGGUUCUGGGUAAUUACAAACACACGUUGCUAUGAGUUGAAGGUUUUGACUGACACCGUAAUAGGUACACACUCAUCCCACCUCGCGGCUAUAGUAUCGCAGGCGUUUACGGCAGCUGCGGACCUUGGCUGGACGGCUUCGGACUCAUCAUCACUCGAUGA